AUGCCCGCCAGUCGGUUUGAGCCGUCGUUGAUCAAAAAUAAAAUCAAGCGCGAGGAAAUCGCGAACAAGCGCAAGAAGGAAAAACGGCAAGACAAACUCAAGCGGAGGCUCGCGCAGGCGAAGCUUGAGGUAGACGACCCACUCCUCAAAAAGAAACGCCUAGCUCAAAAUGUUCCUCGCACGCUAGAUAACUCUCGCGAAUAUGACCCUUCCUUCCUCACCGCCAACCCUACUGCACCUACCGAGCCCGAAGCCGGUCCAUCCAAUGCGCCAUCUGAGAGCGCUGAAGCUCCAAAUGCUGCUGCAGAAUCAGGUGUGCAGCCAGAAGAUGAAACUGCCGCCGACUUGGCUGCAGAUCCCUUCGCCGCCUACUUCUCGGGUGUCCUGGACCCCAGCAUUCCCCCGAAGGUCCUCAUCACGACCUCGCCGAAAUCGACUCGGACGACAUAUGACUUUUGUGACGAGAUUGUGGGCGUGUUUCCUGGGGCAGAAUUUAUUAGGCGAAAGAAGGGCAAGGGCUUUGAGAUGGGCCGCAUCGCGGGUUGGGCGGCGAAUCGUGGAUACAGCCAUCUCAUAGUGGUCAACGAGGACAUGAAGAAGCCCAAUGCGAUCACCAUGGUCCACCUGCCCGAUGGCCCUACCGCCUACUUCAAGCUCACAUCCAUUCAGCUUUCGCAAAGGAUAUCAGGACAUGCACGGUCUUCCGCACAUUUUCCGGAACUGGUCUUGAACGGCUUUGUGACCCGGUUAGGGCACACCGUCGGCCGUCUCUUCCAAACACUCUUCCCACCAAUGCCCGAAUUCCAAGGCCGUCAAGUAGUCACUCUGCACAACCAGCGAGAUUUCUUGUUCUUCAGGCGUCAUCGCUAUGCUUUCCGUUCGCCGGAGAAAGUAGCACUUCAGGAGAUUGGACCGCGCUUUACUUUGAAGCUUCGCUAUAUGAAAAAGGGCCUCCCAGCGGUGAAAGCCCUGGGCGCCCCGGCAAAACCACUCGAGUUUGACGUAGACGACGACGAGCCGGAGCCUACAGAUGCUGAGAUGAAGGAGGGCGACGACUUAAGACCUGUCGAACGGAAGGAAGUACUUCCGCCUACGGAGGACGAGUAUCUCUGGAUGUGGAAGCCAGAGCUCGAGACCACAAGGCGGACUUUCUUCCUGUAG